CCUACUCUAACUGUUAAAAUUAUAAAAACCAAAAUUAAAAAUUUGAGGUCUGUUUACCACUCAAAAGUGAAAAAAAUUAACAGUUCGAAGCGAUCCGGAUCUGGUGCCGCAACAGUAUAUAGUCCAUCCCUGACAUGGUUUAAAGAAAUGCACUCUUUCCUUGGAGACACAGGUGAUUACCGGGAAACUAUUGAGACAGCAGUGGACACAGAUGAGUCAUCGCAGGAUUCUCGACCAACUAGUGCUAAUUCGAACUCUAACCCCUUGUCACCGCCAUCAGUCAGCACCGUAAUGUCGCCACCCUCGACUACUGACAUUGCGGAAGAAGGAACACCAUCCCGUUCAUCUAAGGACACACCAGCACGGCGUAAAAGAAUUUCAUUUUUUUGGUUUGAAUAUUGCUGCCCAAUUGCGAGCCCUACCAUUAGAUGA